AUCUAUUUACAGACUAAGGUGUAAUAGUGUGUAUUGAACCGACUUGAUAGCUGUUUUUUUCCCAUUUGUUUUCAAGUGACACUACCAGACUAAAUUAACUUCUUGUUGGGGGGGGGGUCCACCAAUUCUUGUGUUAAUCCAAAGCAUUCUGAUGUCUAUGGAAAAAAAAAAAGUGAUCGCAGAUGAAAACUUACUACAAUCGUAACGCUUAGGAAGACGUGUAAUAAAUACACAUCUACAGGAUUGUAAACCCCCCCCCGAUCGAUCCUAGGAUAUUCGCAUGUCAGAUCUGUGGCCGUGUUCUGUAGUAAUGAGUUUUCAGUACUAUUUAUUGAGCAUAAACAUCUAUAAGCAUUAUAAAAAAAUUAUGUUUUAUGUGUCAUAGAUGCUAUGAGUCUUUAAUAUUGCCAUUCUGUUAUGUUGUAGCACAAAUGUUAUAUUUACUUUUAUCUAACCUCUAGAUCUCGGUUUCGAAGCACUCCAGAAUAUAUUUUGUUAUACUCAAAGUAUUUUGGUAUUUCCGAAUUCAUAUUUCCUACUAUUCUCAAAAGUAAAAUUAGUAAUCAUGCUGAAUAUUAUUCAGGAAGUUCUAAAUUUCCGUGUAGUGAACCUUCAACCAAUUUGUUUCAGUGGGACAAUGAAGGCUUAGUAUUUUACAUUUACCUCUGCAUUCAGUGAGCCACUGUGUAAUACUCCAUACCAAUAUUAGUGUAUUUUUGUGCAGUUUCAUUUGCUAACGGAACCAUUCACUUCAUAGUUUAUUACAUGUAGGCCUACAUGAUAUACUCCUGAUAGCAGGAUUAUAGGGAUGGUGUGAACUGCAGUGAAUAGCCUUGCAACAGUCUUGAAUAAGUAAAUGGUUAUGCAUAAAUCACUGUUGUAGUGUAAAGAAGGCUGCAUUUAGAACUGCAGAGUCUUGGAAGGGUAAUUGUCAUUGUUCUGUCAUUGGUUAUAACUUAAGAUACAGCAAGUCUCCUUCUGAAACGUGGCAACAAAAUUAUUGUGGCUGGAGGUUGCAACAGAUGCUAUUAAUGUGAAAUACGAAAGAAGAAAAGUCAGGAAACAAGAAUCUGCAGGGAACUACAAGAAUGCAAUUUUUUGUUGAUCUAAAGCAUCCUAGCCGGUUCAUCAUCAAUCUGCCGAAAGAGGAGAGGGAGGAGCUUGUAAGAGUGUGCUUCCAGAUUGAACUUGCAUACUGGUUUUAUCUAGACUUUUACUGUACGGAAGAAAAGAAAAUGGAACCAUGCAGUAUGAAAGAUUUUGCAGCACACAUCUUUAAUCAUGUACCUUCUUUAAAACCCCACGCUGCCAACUUAGACAGUGUUCUUGACCAAUGGAAGAAGUACAAAAAUGAAGUACCCACAUUUGGUGCAAUAUUGCUUAAUGAGGAUCUCACACAAAUGCUUCUAGUACAAGGUUAUUCAACAAAAUCGUCUUGGGGAUUUCCUAAAGGCAAGAUGAACAAAGAUGAAGAACCUAUGCGUUGUGCAGUUCGUGAGGUUUUUGAAGAGACAGGAUUUGAUAUUAGCACAAUGGUUAAUGAAAAUGAAUAUAUCGAAUCAACAAUUAAUGAACAGUAUGUUCGGUUGUACAUAGUGGGAGGAGUGAAAAAGGACACUGUGUUCAAACCAAGAACUCGAAAGGAAAUAAAAUCUGUUGAGUGGUUCCCAGUAGCUGACAUUCCUUCCAAGAAAACUAUGACUCCAAAAGGCAGGACGGCGGCCAAUAUGUUUUUUAUGGUUGCCCCUUUUAUCAAACGGAUACGACGCUGGAUCGCUGAGAAGCAACAACAGCCACCAUCACAGCAACAACUGCAGUUGCAGCAGCAGCAGCCACCACCAAAAUUUGAUCGUAACAAGAUAAUAAUUGAUGUGGAUGAUUCUCAGUCAUCUAAGAAUAGAAAGCAGCAACAGUUUUCUCAAGCUUUGCAGGCAGACAUACAUGAUAUCCAGAUGAUUCGCCAACAGAAAAGCACUGCGGGUCCUCGUUCUCCAUCGCACAUUGUGCAGAAGAAUGAUAAUGUGAGAGGACGGAAAGCUCCAUUCAAAAGACAACUUUUCAUUGAUGAUGAGAAAAAUUCUGGUAAGCUUGUAGUAAACUCUGGAAUUGGAAGCACGACUGAUAAAUGGGGAUCACCUUCAUGGGCAAACUUCCGGUUCAACUAUGAGGCAAUUAUGAAAUGUUUUGACUAAUGAAAGGAAUCGCUAGAUUUCUCCGUACAAACUUAAAAGGAAACUAUAUUGUUUGUAUAUUCUCAUUCUGGUACCUCUGUGUGAGAGGAUAUCUCAGGGUGACAGAUAUGCACCGCUGUGUCCCUUUCACAAAGGGACUUGUAAAUAGGUGUGGAUCCUGUAAAUUGCACUUUUACAGUUAGAAACGCUUUAAUUUUUAAGAGAUAUUUGGAUGAUCUCUGUGUUACUCUGUAUCUGUUGUAAUUUUGUUAAUAAAACAUUGCCGUUAGUA